AAAGCCACUAUGUCGACACUCGAGAGAAAAGCCGUACCAACCAACUUGGCAACCGCUGGAAGCAUUACCAGUGAGUACCAUUCUGAGUUAGGUCAUCUAAACCGACGCCUAGGCAAUCGACAAAUUCAACUGAUCGCCGCUGGCGGCUCCAUUGGGACCGCCCUUUUUAUCAAUAUCGGCAGCGCAUUAGCCAAAGGCGGCCCGGGUAGUCUCCUACUCGCCUUUACUCUGUACACCAUGAUUCUUGCCCUUGUCAAUAACUCGGCCGCCGAAAUGAAUACGUAUAUGCCGGUUGCGGGUGGCUUUAUUCGCCACGCUGGCUAUUGGGUUGAUGAUGCGUUGGGAUUCGUGGCUGGCUGGAACUUCUUCCUUUUCGAGGCCUUUCUGAUCCCCUUCGAGAUCAGUGCCUUGACAUUUGUGAUGUCGUUCUGGACUGAGGCUGCCACUCAACCAGGGCCCACUGCUGGCAUAUAUGCCGCAGUAAUUCUCAUAUACGGAGUCCUAAACUGUCUUGCCGUGAAAUUUUAUGGUGAAGUUGAAUUUUGGCUCUCUAGCGGAAAGAUUAUUCUGAUCUUGAUUCUUUUCUCGUUCACUUUCAUCACAAUGGUUGGUGGCAAUCCUCAAAACGACGCUUAUGGCUUUAGAUACUUCUCGAACCCAGGGUCGUUUUCUCAAUAUCUAUCUAGCGGCGAUCUGGGUCGGUUCGAGGGCUUUCUUUCAUGCCUCUGGACUUCUGCGCUCACCAUUGUCGGCCCCGAAUACAUUUCAAUGGUGGCUGCGGAGGCUAAACAUCCAAGUGUUUAUCUCAAGACAGCCUUUAUUACAGUGUACUACCGAUUUGGUGCCUUCUUCAUCCUUGGUGCCUUGGCAGUUGGGAUUGUUGUUCCAUAUAACGACGAGAUCCUCCAGGCUGUCUGGCUUGGUGCAGGGAGCGGCAAAGGCACCGCAGCGGCAUCCCCAUAUGUUAUUGCAAUGGAGAAUCUCGGAAUCAGCGUUCUACCGCAUAUUGUCAAUGCUUUAAUUCUGACAUCUAUCUUCUCGGCUGGAAACACUUACGUGUACUGCGCAAGCCGAGCCCUCUACUCGCUCUCCUUGGAUGGCUGCGCACCUCGGAUACUCAGCUACUGCACCUCCAAGGGUGUUCCGAUUUACUGCUUCGCUAUCGUCAUGCUAUUCUCCUUUCUGUCCUUCCUUCAGGCUCACAGUGGCUCCGCUGUGGUCCUAACCUGGCUAGCAAGCAUCAUUACUGAGCCUGCCAAGUUCAAGGGUUUGACCGAAGAGAAAAGCCAUACUAUGGAUAUUUCCAACUAUAUUGCUUUGGUAUUUCUCACUCUGGUACUCUUUGGCUAUGGGUAUUACGCGUUCAGGCCUUCAUGGAACGUGGAGACUUUUUUCCAGAGCUACAGUAUGCAGAUUUUGAGCGUGAUUCUCUUCGUUGGAUGGAAAAUUAUCAACAAAACAGACUAUGUUACACCUGAUAAAGUUGACCUCAUCUGGGAGCGACCUGGAAUUGACAGGUACGAAGAUGCCACCACCGAGCCGCCGCUGGGGUUCUGGGAGGAAAUGAUACGUAUUGUUGGGUUUCCAAAGGAAAAGGGGAUGUCGGAUGCUUGGAUAUAUAACCACGAUGUGGGAAUUUUUUGGGCUUUUAACGUCAGCAUCGAGAUGGGGUCUUAA